AUGCUGAUCAAGGCAUCUCACAAACGUCUGCUUGUUGGCUAUCGCAAAAGCGACUGGCAGGAGAUCUUCUAUGAGCCUAACCCGAGCCGCAUCGACGAGGCCAAUGAACUGAGACCACCUGUUCCCCUGUUUUGUUACUCGGCGACUGCGGACCUCGAGUCGAACAAGAAUCCGUACGCCGAGGAGAUCAAUUGGCUUCCGCAGUAUGACCCGGCCAACUUUGAAGCCCAAGUAAAGGCCCAGAAGAUCAUGCAGCAUUGGUUCAUGUUCAGAUGCUGGCAAUACAUGGAAGGAGCUACAGCUCAGCAAUUAGCUCAGAACCAAUUCGAUCGACCAAAUUACGUUCGCUGGCAGAUCUGGAAAAAGGCAGCGGAUGCGAAGAAGAAAAGAACGAAGAGCGGGAAACCGCCGGGUGAGAAGCGAAGUGCGGAAGGCCUGAAUGACGAAGACAACGACGAUAAUUUUAAUGAUCUCUCCUCGGUUGCAUCCUUCGACAAAAAUCGCACAACGAUGAACGGCCAUGCCGGCCAGCCAUUUGCUAAGAAAAGACAAACUCAGCAUGGUGAUCACGACGCCGGUCUGGGGUCGUUCGGUGGAGGAUUCUUCAACGGGGACCUUGGCGCGUUCGCAGACGGCCUUGACGGGUAG